UUGUUGUUGCUGAGUUUAUGACUAGGCGUCCAUGUAUAAUGACUCAUCUUUAGUUCUGACAUGGAUCCAACUCAGUGUUCCUCUGUCAGGGUCGCAGGGUUUGUCCCUCCAUUCAUCCCUGGUUCUCCAGGAUUGAGUGUUAAUCUCUCAUUGUUUAGCUUUGAGCUCUAGCUGCUACUCAUUGCUACAUGCUGGGUUUUCUACAGUAAAAGUUCAGGUACCAGUGCUAAGAGUCUGGGCUUUACAUCCUCUUCUCUUAAGACAGGCAGAUAAGGCCGGAAGAAAGGCUCUGCAGCUCAGUGUCUCAUCUCAGCAGUGCUGGUUUCAGCCAGAAAGCCACGAGGCAAAAGGAUUUAAUACAGCCAGGCAGGGCAGGACGCUCCUCUCCAGAGGGGAUUUACUCGGAGCAGAGCAGGCCUGCAGAAAACAGACCCCCAACACAGGCCCGAGCCAGAGCUGACCUGGGAGCACACACAAACACACAAAUGGGGUUACCCAGCAGCACAACUCCCCCUCACACACACACACACACACACAGGAUGAGCUGCAAAUGUUGUUUUUCAUUAGGGCAGACAUGGUCAGGGACAAGGAGGCUUUGGCUGGCUGGGUAUCUGGCUGCACUAGAGAGAAGGCAGAAGCCCUCAUCCUCUCUAUCCCGCAAUGCACUGUACAAUACACAGAGAGGCAGUAUGAGAGGGGAGAGCGAGAGAGAAAAACAGAUUAGUGAGAAGUGAGAUUCAAAGUGAUAUGAUGGAAGAGGGAUUCCUAGUAAAUGUUACAUAGGGAGCAGGAGAAAGGAAGUUCAUUUUGCACCAACUGAGAAUUGAAAAGGAGAGUGUGGCGUUGGAAAAGGCUUUUUCUGAGAAAGACUAAGUGUUAUCAUGGGAUUGGGACUGAGAGUUGGAGAGUAGAUGAAAGUGAGAGUAGAUGAAAGUGAGACUUGGAGAGUGGCCCACAAGUGGGAUGUGUGUGGUUGUGACAGAAAAGCACAUGGCAAGCAUACUGUAAAUUCACACACACUCACACACAAACAACACACACGCCCGCGGCAGGCACACGGCAUAGGGGUGCUGUUGGUGUCAGAGCUACACUGCACGGCUGCCUGCUAAGUGGAACAUUAUUCUCCUGAUCUGGCAUGACAGAGGAGGUCUAGCAGACCUCUAAGCUUUGAAAAUGGCAUUUAGUGCUCCAGCUGUGGAUUACAGAAAAUUCUAAUUUGUAAUGCUAAAAAGGAGAGGAAAAAAACAGUUCAACACAGAAUCCCUGGUCCUGGAGGGCCGCAGGCACUUCAUGUUUUUCACCUGGAAGACCAAGUGUGUUGAAUUUAGGCAUUCACUGAAUUGAUCAAUUAGCUCAGUUGGUCAGGUGUGGUGCCUAGUUGGAACCUGCGGCCCUCCAGGAACACGGUUGCCUACCCCUGGUUCAGCGGUUCACGUGUUUGUUCCCCAUCUUCGUCAUCAUAAACGGUAAGUGGGACAAUAGUGAUAUUUAUCUAUUUUUCCCAGCAGCUUGUUCUAAUCCCUUCAGGUCUAGUUCACACAUGGGAGAAUUCAGUCGGGGUGAUACAUGUCAUAGGAAACAUUAGGUCUUAAUAGUUCAGUCAGCCUUCACAGAGAUUGCCCUGAAGUGUGAUAAGAAGUGGACCAGCGUUGGCAUAGCAUCAGCCCUACACGACAACAGGAUCUCUACCUUGACCAUAGCGAACACGUCAUCCUGCCGUCCUAGUGUCGACGUUCCUCUCUUCCUGUGUCCUGUGCAGAGAUCUGUCUGUUGACGCGGGGUAGAAGAACAGCCAGCGUCAGAGCAGACACCUACUGCCGUCUGUACUCUCUGUCUGUGGACAACUUCAACGAGGUCCUGGAAGAGUACCCCAUGAUGAGACGGGCCUUCGAGACCGUGGCUCUGGACCGGCUGGACCGCAUAGGGAAGAAGAACUCCCUCCUGCAGCACAAGGUGCAGCACGACCUGAGCUCCGGCGUUCUCAACUACCAGGAGAACGAGAUCAUCCAGCAGAUUGUGCAGCAUGACAGAGACAUGGCCACCUGUGCCCACCUCCUGCAGAACAUUCCUCCGCCUCAGCCCCCGUCUCCGGGGCACACUCCCGUCAUCUGGGCUCCCCUCAUCCAGGCACCCCUGCAGGCUGCUGCCGCCACCACCUCUGUUGCCAUCGCCUUGACGCACCACCCCCACCUCCCCCACCUCCCCGCCGCGCUCUUCCGCCCUCCGGUCACGGUCCUGGGCUCCAGGAACCUCCAGGACCCUCCCCCCGGCCGGCUGAAGAAGUUCCACACGUCAGCGCCCACCUCCUCCAUGGGACCUGACUCCCCCUCCAGCACCCCAUCUAAACUGCACUGCUCUGGGAUGGACACAGCCCUGCUGGCCUCCUUCCGGGCCCACCACACGACUCAGGGGUCAGGGGCAGCCAGCUCCAGUCAGCAGGCGUCCAGCAGCAGUGGAACCCAGCCUGGGCCUACCGGGGCCUUUCCCUUUGGACCUUUCUCCUCCUCCGGGGGCUCUCCCUCCCACAGCACGGCCCAGAGCACGGCCCAGCUCCACUCACAGCCCCAGACGCAGCAGCCAUUCCGCUGCACCACCCCGCCUCUCGCUGCCCUCUUCCAGCAGGGAGUCAUGGAGGGAGCCGUGGGGACAGGGAUGGGUGGAGCAACAGGGGGAGCUACAGGUUGGUCUUCAGGAGGCACUACCGGAGGUGAAAUAGGAGGGGUUGCUGAGGGGGCCACGGGUGGGACAAUAAGAAGGGCCACUGGUUGGGGUAGACGUGGGUCUAUAGAAGGAUAUACUACUGGAGUGCAUUUAGGAGGAGCCACUGGGGGGUACUCAGGAGGGGCUAGUGGUGGGCACAUUAGAGGAACUAGUGGAGGACAUAUAGGAGCUACUGGUGGAGCAAUGGGAGGGGCAGCUGGAGGGCAUAUAGGAGGGGCAAUGGGAGGGGCUACAGGUGGAAUGACAAUUGGAGUUCUGGGUACCUCUAGUUCUGGUUGUAGUAUCAGCCCCCAGUCCACUGGUUCAUCCGGCAACAUUAACCCCUGUCAGCUGCUCCACAGCCAGCUGCCCCCCAAGCCUCCACAGGUGGGCUCCCUGCAGCAGUUUGCAGGCGGGGGUAGGACUCCUAGUGGGUUCUACCACCUCCCCCCUCCAGGCUCCCCAUCCUCCUCCUCCACCCAGCAGGCCCCAGAGGGCUCCCCUUCUCCCCUGGCCCAGUUCAGCCUGGCAGGCCUCCAGUCUGGCCUGGUCCCUCAGCUGUCCCUGGAGAGGUCUGCCCUGGCCUCGUUGGCCCAGUACGGCUCAGCUAACGGCUCGCCCUGCUACACCCCCCUGGGGCCUAGCCCCACGGUCCAAAGUCCAGUCACAGGAAGGACUUUCCACUACAGUGAUUCGUCCAGUGCCACAGGGUCCCACAGCUCUCUGCUCAUGCCCCAGACCUCCCUCCCUAGCCAGCAGCACGCAGCCGGCAGUGAGUCUCUGCUGGGGCUGGGCAGCUUCUCUGAGGAUAUGAAACUAUUGUCCUGUUCUAACACCUCCCUGCCCCAGGAUGUGACCCAGGCCAUGGGAUACUCCUCCCUCCCACGCUCCUCACCCCCUCGCACCUCGCCCCCACGCUCCUCACCCCCUCGCACCUCGCCCCCAUGCUCCUCCAUGGAGCCAGGAUACUGCUUCUCCUCGCCCUACACCUCCCCCAUCCUAGUUCCAAAACCCUGUAGCUCGGUGCCAGGGCACAUGACUCCUCCUGUCCCUGCCCAGAUGUCUCCAGGACACCUGCAGCACCAGACUCAGUCCCCCGUGGCCUCCCCGGCCCUGCCGCCACGGAAAGGCUCGGCAGCCCACUCUGAACUAGAACCUGUCCGCUCCAAACUAACCUCCAAUUUGUGAGGUUUGAUCACACCCUCCCUGGAUUAGUACACAAACGAUCUUCCUGUAUGAUGUCAUUCUCUUCUAGGCUUCACUGUGUUCUAAUCGUUAUCAUUUCCACGUUCUUAAUAUUACUGUGAUUUAAAAGAUGAUGCUUAACCAGGUAACUUUGAGCUCCCUAGACAACUACUCUUUCUUUGUUUUUGUUUUGUCCUCUUCCCUUUUUUAUUCAUACGUAUAUACAUAGAAAUAUAUUUAAAAGAUAUGCUAAUCAAGGGACAGGAGGGUGUGAACAGAAAAUGAGAUCCAUUUAAGAGAUGGUCAUUUCUUUGUUUCUAACUAUGCCAAAUUCAUAUGAUGGGGUUUGGUUUGAUGGUUAGAUGGACAACACAAUAGUACUUUUUUGCAGGAACCUAUGCACUAAUACCUGCAUGUAUAGAUGCUUUUUUUGUGUGUUUUAAAAGAACAGAAUCAACCUUUUCAGUGGAAAAAUACAUGCUUCAAUAAGAGCAGACUGACUUAUUUUUUCAUCCCAUACAGGAUCACAUAUUGUUGAUCCUUAAUCAUCUAUUAUCGAUUAGAUUACUUAUUUAUCCACUGUAUAGACUUCACGAAACCUUCCGAGGUGGAGAAGAGAUUUUAGGAAACCAAAAAGACUUUCCUCUGGGGUGAUCAAUCUGCCUCCUCUUUGGCCUGUGUGUCAUUGUUGUAUUGUCGUAAUAUUGGGGGGUGUUGAGUGGGCUACAGGCCCUCCAUCCCUGUCGUGAGACAGACAUCAAGUAUGAUGUGUUAGUGAUAGGCUUCCUGCAGUGUCCUCAACCCUGUCCUAACAAAUUCACUUUGUCUUCCAAGCUCAUCAUGCCGCAAAUGUUUUGGAUGGACAAGGACAAGUUGAGCCCUGCAAUCUGUGUGCUAGUGGACAGAGUGUAUGCAUUUAUGUGUGUGUGUGAUAGUGACUGAGUGUGAGUGUGUGUUUGAGUGUGUGUCUGUGUGUUUAAGAGAGAUAGAGAAAGAGAGGGAGAGGAGUCUAAUGCAAGGCAAGAGCUUGCCAGACUAACCAAGGGGGGUUUUGCCUUUUCACAAAACUAGGACUACCAUCCCAGCUUGUGUGUGGAGUUGUGUACCUUCAGGACCCUUCAAUCUCUCAAUGCUAGAAAAGACUACACUCACUAGUGCUCUCAGAGCCAUCAAUCACACAUAGUUCUCAGUCAGAUAAUGUAGCAAACACACAGGAAAUAGACAAUUUGGACAUAAGCAAUUACGUUUGUUAUUGUAAUGAUAUCAGAUACCUGUUGAAGUGCUGCUUGAUAUAAAAGAUCUUACCACUCCACAUUACUACCCAGAGCUGCUGUACGGUCAACGUAGACAUUCUCCCACAUUGAAUGCCAGUGUUGAGUUGAACAUGUUGAAUGUAUGUACAUUUCAUUUAUGUUUGUUUAGAAUAAAUAUGGGUUAUGCAGUUUUACAUCAAGGAGUGACAGACAGAAAGACGGGUCAUGACAGAAUAGAAAUGGUAGAUGUGGACAAUUUCAUAGUCCUGUAUGUUGAGCUUAAUCCCAGUGGACAAGAAUGGUUGAAAUUACAUCAUUCCAGAUAACCUGACUUCAUUCCAUCCAGAUAACAUGACUUCAUUCCAUCCAGAUAACAUGACUUCAUUCCAUCCAGAUAACACGACUUCAUUCCAUCCAGAUAACACGA